AUGAAAUACUUUACCAAUUACAGACCCGAGACAUCCAAAGUUUCGAUGUAUUUGGAAUUGAAGAAGCAUCUUGAUUCGUCGUCUUUAAAGACGUUGUUGACCAGAGUUAGAAAAUCUGAUGUCACCCAGAGUCUAGAAAAAGAUUUGGAAAAUAGUUUGCUUGAAUCAUGGAGCAAAGAGAAAAUUCCUGUUGAGGAUGUGAUUCAGGCCUCGAAAUUGAUGGAAGAAAAGAAGAAACAAUCGGUGUAUGGAAGUGCGGUACAAAAAGCUACAGUUGAGUAUAUCUUUUAUAUUCCGAAGAAGCAUGUUUGA